UCCUUCGGACAAAAGAAAAAUAAAAAACGAGAAGAGUUUUAAGGUAUUACCUCCGACAGUGUAUUUGAUUGAUUACGGGGCCAACAAAAAUUGAUCUUCAUUCUUUAACGUUUGCGAUGAAUAAUUUUGAUUGGAAAUUUGAUAUGUAGAUCUCCAAGCUCAAAAUUUACGGCAGCGAUAGGCUCGUAUUGAAGUAUACCAUCUGUAUGGAUUUUAAGUUCUUGUGAACACAACUCUCAUUGAAUGGGUGCUUUGAAAAAUGUUAAUCCCAAAACAAAUCGAAAAUCCAAAGGCUAAAACAUCGUGCUUGAUAACGUGUUUUAGGAGAAUUAUGGAUGAAACAGAGAUAAGAGGAAGGAGAAGAACAAUAUUAUUAGAAGAAUAAUGUAAAAUCAUUACAUAGUUUCCCUUAUAUACAAUCUUAGGAAUUUAGUUGGAUCGCACAUCUAGGCCCUGUAACAAGGAGAGAUUUUUUUUUUCUUUCCCUUUAACAAAAAUCCCGAAGAAAGAGCAGCGAGGCGUCUCCAAGUAACAACAAUGCACACCCUAGUUUCACCUUCUGUUUCAUCUUCUGAUGUGACAGAAUCAAACCCUCAAACUCCUAAAUCCACUCCUAGCACUGCCUCCCGUUCUGUAAUUCGUCUUUGGAGACCUUCAGCCCAGCGAAACCUAAGAAAUCAAUGGUCAAAAUUGGUGCCUCUCACACAGAAAUGGAGCUCUGCAUCAUCUAGCGGAAGAACUCAUGCAACCAACUUCGUCAAUUCUUAUCUUUCUCGGAGGUAUAUGCCUGGAAUGAAUCUGGGUGUCUUGAAAGAUAUGCCUGAUAUUCGAGAGACUGCUUGCAUCAAGUUAGUUCAGCAGCAGGGGCUGCAUCAGAAAAAGCUAUUAUCAUCUUAUAGAGAAAUGGUUGGUGUUGUCUCUCAGAUGAUUACCGUAUCUAAUUCCAUGCAAUCUUUUGUCAAAGGGCCAACUGGUAGUCCACUCAUUCAGUAUUCGAGCUGUAACAAGGUAGAUAAUGACAAUGGUGACUGUGGAGGCGUUCCAGUUUUCAAGUUCUUCUCAAUCUCAGAUUUUGAGAAUUUGGCGAAAGAGCUUGUUCAGAUGUUUCAUUUAGAGCUAAUUCUCAAGCGGAUGGUUCUGAUCGAAUUACUAUCCAUUAUUUCUGAAGAAUCCAAACCACAAACGGAUGCAUAUUUUUGGUCAGAUGAGCUUUACCCCGGAGAAACAGAUGAUUUGUCUGCGUGCAACCUGUAUUCUAGAAAGAUUUGUGAGCCACUUCUUCCUAGAAUAGCUGGAUAUAAAUGGAGUGAUUCAGUUGACAGAAGAGAUCAUACUCAACCAGACCCGAAAGCUUUAGAGGUGUUUUUGACAAUAUGGCUCCAGGAAGUGAACAUCAACUCAUUGAGAAUUGAUGAUACUUUUGUUAUCAUCAAUGAGGAAAUGAAGAUACGUUUAGUAUAAAGAAAAUGUUUGUUUCUGUUUUUAAUAUAUUUUUUUUAAUUGAAUUGGUGAUAUUUCUUACUGUGUCUGUAACUGAAUCUUAUGACUAGUAAAAAUUGCUUGUUUCACGGCUCUCUAAAUCCGGAACAUCAAGAUGUUAAAAUGAACAUGAAAUGGUGAAAAUCUAGUUUUUUUCUCCGGUUGCACAAAGGUUAGUUUGGGCAGUAAAAAACAACGUUUAAUUGUAAUUGAGGUUUGCAGAAAUACAAAGCGGUGGAGAAUUUGCAUUCCACCUUCUAUUUACAUUGUCAUGAGUGUGCCACAUAGUUUGCACUUUUGAGAACAUGCUAAAUGGAACAUCAUCGAAGAAAGCAGUUGGGUCCUUAAUUUUGAGCACUCCCGAAAGAAUACUCCACGGCAUAUCCCUAAUAUCUCCCAAAACAGCUGCAGUCACAAUGGAAGCGUCACCUUCUAUAAUGAUUUGUUGAAUUUGCACUCUAAACCCAGUUCCAUCCCAAGUCUGCAGGUAAUGGUUUUUGCUAGCAAAGAAGACGUAGCAUCAAAUGUGAUUGAAGCACAACCCAUAGAUGAUGAAUCGAAAUCCUGAGCUACGGCUCCUGCUGUUCCAUUUUUAGGAAUGAAAGCUGCAUUAAUAUUUAUUUUGACAUAAGGGUGAUCCGAAGGUAUCCAGGCUUGGUUCAGAUGAUGUUGACUGCAGGGGCAUUCUCCAUACACAGCUUGAAAUCUUGAUAAGCCUUCUUGAGAGUAAUAUUGACCCGUAAGUUCCCUUGAGAGAAAGCAAUAUCAGUUCUUGAUUUCCAAAUGUUGCAGAUUCUCUUGAUGAAUUUCUGUUUAGUGUUAUCCUCCAUCCAAUCCCCUGGGAGAAAGCAAUUGGAUGCACAUUCUCUUGAUGAAUUUCUUUUAUCAUUUAUACCUUGUUAUGUGUAUCAAAUCAAAUAUAAUAAGCUAAAGAGCAAAUAUAUUGGUAAAAAGAAGU